AAUAAGUAGAGUAAAAUGUGAUUUUAAAAUCGCUGCUUUUCUAACAGGAUUCUUUUGCGUAACAUUUUACGUAAGGGAGCGUUACGUCAGCGUGUGUUUUACAGGCAUGAGGCGCAUACUCAGUACGAUUAUAUUGAGACAUAUUUGCUUUAUUGGAGGAAAUCUGCUCUCUCGUGCCACUAGGAUAGUAGGGCUGCCGCGCGUUUUUACCUCGAAAUACUGCAGCGGAACCAGCAUGGACCUGAGUAGGAUGAGGAAGAGGUACAGAGGAGAUUUGGAGUGCUUUGAGGAGAGUCAGCUCGUGUCUCUCGACCCCAUCAAGCAGUUUGGAAACUGGUUCGAUGAAGCCACCAAGUGUCCUGAAAUAGGAGAGCCCAAUGCUAUGUGCCUCGCCACUGCCACCAAUGAUGGACGUCCGUCCGCUCGCAUGGUCCUCCUGAAAGGUUGCAGCAGUGAAGGUUUCCGUUUCUUCACCAACUAUGAGAGCAGAAAGGGCUGCGAGCUGGAGAGCAAUCCGCAUGCAUGCCUGGUCUUCUACUGGGAACCGCUAAACAGACAGAUUCGCAUUGAAGGCACCGUGGAGCGGAUCCCCUACCAGAGCUCCUGCGAUUAUUUCCACUCCCGACCAAAGAGCAGCCAGAUCGGCGCUGCCGUGAGCCGACAAAGCACUACUGUGCCUAACAGAGAUUAUCUGAGGCAGAAAAAUGCAGAACUGGAGGAGAAGUACAAGGACACAGAGGUGCCUAUGCCUGAUUACUGGGGCGGCUACAUCGUAAAGCCUUUUUCGAUCGAGUUCUGGCAGGGACAGACAAACAGACUUCACGACCGCAUCGUCUUCACCAAGCUGAAGGACGGAGAGUCCGAGCUGGGAGAGUUUCAGCACGCUGCAGAGGGAGGCUGGGUGUACCAGCGACUGUCCCCGUGAGGAGCAUCAGCAGACUGUGAAAUAAAGGAGAGGACAUGUUUCAUCUCGACUAUCACUGAUUUAAAAAGAUCACCAUCUUUACCUCACAUUAAUAACCUUGCAUUAGUAAUAGGUGCUGUUGUGCGCGGUUUAUCAACAAGCCAAAUGUCACUGUGCUGUCUUUGAGGUGAACCAUGUGUGCUAAGUGGAUAAGUGGAGCAGCGUGGCGCAAUCUGACUGUGCAACUUUUGAGUUUUCCAUGCUUUGUAAUGGAAAAAGGGCACUGGCCUGAAAAAGUGGAGCAAACUUUACCCACUCAAAAUAAUGAUUAACAGUAUGGCUGUGGUUGUUUAACAGUGCAGUCUUUGACCUUCUAGGACAUGAAAACUGUUUCUUAUUUCUUAAAAAGCACAAUCUGUUCCACUCAUCAACACUUAGCUGCAGUUCUUCUCCAAUGGUGUGAUUAUUUCUGGUCUGUAGUUUUCUAAAGAAAAUAUGGAAAAUUGAGACAAUUGUUUGAGUUUAGCUCAUUGUGUUAAGUUUCUUGAUUUCUUUGAGAGAAAAGAUUCAAAUCCCCCGAAAUUAUGCACAGUGGCCACUUCAUUAGGUACAGCUAAACCGUCAUGUCCAAUCCAAUGCGACUGUUGCCAGAACAAAUACUUUUAGGCUGUCUAAAGGUUUGGAGAUUUUUUUCAUGGACAUUACCACAAAUCUAUCGGCACUGACUUCAUAGUUGUUGGUGGUCAUGAAAUGCAUUGUUAAUGGAAGAAAAGUGUGACUCUUUUGCUAAUUAUGCAUUCAGAACACCAUCUUUGGCCAUAACCUGAACAAUAAAUAUAAAAAUGAAUUCAGAGGCUUUUAUAUGGGGAAUAUGAGAGCAUUCUCAAUGUGUCAUCUUAGAAUUUGUGACAAAAAGAGCUUGUUCCUCAUGAGAAAACCUUUAAUAUUUCUGACUGAAAACUAUGUUUCAAAUUCAUUGUUGUCUCUAGACAGAGUUCACUGUCUCAGUCGUGUUAGCAACUCAUGAAAAAAUCACAAGUCUGUUAACUGAACAACUAAAGUAUAUUUUUCUUCUAAUUGGUGACAAAUACAAUUUUACACUUUCAAAUGGAAAAUAUGUGACCUGUACUGGUGGUUAACUUAAUUUAAAUUGAUUGUAUCAGUCUUAAAUCUAUGGCAGUGUCUCUGCAGUGACUGCCUUUUAAUAGUGAGAUUAAAAGAGCACGUGAUGUCA